AUGAUGCAUAUGGCAGCAGCGGGAGGGCGGCACAGGGACAGGGGGAGGGGAGUGGUAGGAUCGAUGGGGAAGGGGGGAGCGGGGUUGCUGUCGGCUAGUCUGGGCUCAGGAGGGCAGCAGCACCAGCACGUUAGUCACGCGCUGCUGGAAGAGAACGGGUUCAAGCAGCAGAAGUACUCCUCCUUCUACAAGAGGUGUCUCAAGGAGCGCAAGAAGCUCGGCAGCGGCCGCUCUGAGGAGAUGAACACGCUGUUCCGCUUCUGGUGCUACUUCCUGCGCAAGAACUUCAACCAGCAGAUGUAUGACGACUUCAAGAGGCUCGCCACGGAGGACGCGGCUUCCAAGUAUUAUUACGGCAUGGAGUGCCUCUUCCGCUUCUACAGCUAUGGGCUGGAGUCCAAGUUUGAGGAGCCCAUGUAUGUCGACUUUGAGCAGCUGACUCUGGACAUGUACCAGCGGGACGGGAACCUCUACGGGCUGGAGAAGUACUGGGCGUACCACUUUUAUCGCAAGGACAAGGACACGCGGGAAGUCAAGAAGCACCCCGAGCUCGAGAAGAUUCUCACCGAGAAGUUCCGAACCAUGGCUGACUUCAGGGCCGCCAAGGAUGCUCAGAAACGCGCCCUGGCUGAAGCCCAGGCCAAGGCGAAGGGAGAGAAAGUGGGUGGGGAGAAGGGGGGAGGGGAGAAGGGGAAGGAGGAAAAGGUGGAGGGAGGGAAGGAGGGGAAGAAAGAGGGGGAGGAGGGAGGGGAGGGGAAGAAGGGAGAGGGGGAAGGCGCUGCUGCUGCAGAGGGAGAAGGAAAGGGGGAGGAUGGGGGGAAGGAGGGUGCUGUAACGGAUAAGGCAGGGGAUGGCGGAGCAGGAGCAGCAGCAGAGACAACAUCAUAG